AUGUUGACUUUGACCGGGACAGAGGUCAUUCUUGUGGCCCCGGUGGGAGCCUUGGCCGUGAUUAUUGCCCUUCUCUUACCACACCUGGUCAAAGAUUGGGAUGACUCAACCGGCAUCUCUCAGUUCAACUUUUGGACUCCGGUUGAGCGCGAAUACGAUUACAUCGUAGUUGGUGCAGGAUCGUCCGGUGCAGUGAUUGCAGCUCGUUUGUCAGAAAAUCCACAUCUCUCAGUAUUGUUGGUCGAAGCGGGUAGUGAUGGGACGUUCAUCACGGAUGUCCCAGCUUUAGUGGGGACCGUCUAUGGUUCCAGUCUCGAUUGGAAUUACAAAACCAGAGCGGACGGACAAGCUUGCCUGGGCAUGGUACACGGCCAAUGCUCGUGGCAUCGGGGUAAAGUGAUUGGAGGAACUUCCACCAUUAAUGGCAUGCUCUAUACCAGGGGUAAUAAGGCUGACUUUGACUAUUGGGCACAAUUGGGAAAUUACGGUUGGAGUUAUGAAGACGUCCUACCAUUUUUCAAGAAGUCUGAAGAUCAACAGAAUCCUGCCUUAGCCAAGGACGGCCAAUUUCACAGCACUGGCGGACCAUUGCCAGUAAGUGAUUUCAGAUACGAAACGCCACUGACACAAGCGUUUUUACAAGGUGCUCAAUACAUGGGGUUUGAAACGGGUGAUGUGAACGGAGAAAGCCCGUUCCGCUUUACCAAAGUUCAAGGAACAACCAAGAGGGGAGCUCGUUUUAGCACAGCAAAGGCAUUCCUCAGUCCGGCCAAAGAUCGAGCCAAUCUUCGAAUUUUGGUGGGCACAAGAGCGAGCAAAGUCAUCAUCAGAAAGCGCAAAGCCCGAGGUGUAAUCCUUCACCGUAACGGAAAGAAAGGAUUUGUCAGGGCCAGACGGGAAGUGAUUGUGAGUGCCGGGGCAGUGGAAUCUCCCAAGUUAUUGAUGCUGUCUGGUAUUGGCCCCAAGCACCAAUUAAGGAGACAUGGCAUUCCAGUGGUACAAAAUCUCCCAAGAAAAGGGCCGUUAACAUCGCUCUCUGGAGCAGAAGCUUUGGGAUUCGUCAAAAGUGGUCUCAGUAAUGCCACAUGGCCAGAUUUGGAGCUGCUCUUGCUAUCGUUUCACCCCGCAAUAGAAGGUGGUUUAACUUAUCGGAGCACCCUCAAUCUGAACUCGAAGCAGUUCAGCCAGUUCUCGGAUAUCUCGUUCCAAGAUGGAUUCACAAUCCUGCCCUAUCUUCUGCAUCCCAAAAGUCGUGGACAAAUCCGUUUGAGGAAUCGAAAUUACACGUCCGAUCCGAUCAUUCAACCCAAUUACUACCAGGACCCUAGCGAUGUUCAAACCCUCAUCCGAGGUAUAAAAUUGGCCUUUCGAUUAGGUCAUACCAAGCCAUUCCAGAAAUUCGGCACCAAGUUCCACUACGUUUCCAACCCAUCUUGUCGACAUUUACUCUAUAUGUCCGACAGUUACUGGGAAUGCGCUAUCCGACACUUUGUCUACAACGUGUAUCACGAUGGUGGCACUUGUCGGAUGGGGCCACAGGGCGAUCCCAAAGCCGUGGUAGACCCCAAGCUGCGAGUUCAUGGAAUCCACGGGCUCCGUGUGGCGGAUGCCUCAAUUAUGCCCGAACUCACCUCUGGACACACCAAUGCGCCUUGUAUAAUGAUUGGCGAGAAGGCAGCUCAAAUGGUUCUGUAUGAGUCUUAGAAUUUGUAUGCCAUUGCCAAGCCCAAAUGAUCGUCAAACGUGAUAACUCGUUCUCAAUAUUUGAGACUGAACCAUGGACUGGUCUAAUUCCUCGCCGGCUGCUACUCCUACACUGACCGCCGGCUACCUGACGAAAUACGGACUGAAUAAAUGCAAAUUAGGUCAGGGUCGCCUCAUGAAGACAAUCCCUAGGAAAAAUGUAACAGGAGUGCGGAAAUUGUGAAGGCAUCACCUCAAAAACCAUAAACACUGCCGAAAAGACUGAAAUCUUAUCCGAUACUAAUGAACUAUAUUGUGAGCUUCGAUUUGUUCUUCGUUCAGUUGAACACGUAAUAAACGCACUAGCUACUACGGA